AUGAAAUCAGAGCAUAGCAGCAAUCAAUAUUUACCGAUAAAGAGUGAAUCCAGAUAUCCACAUGACUUUUGCGAAAACUCGUUGGUGAGGCUUGUACAGGACAAGUCAAUGAAAUUAAAAAAUUAUCAAACAAAUCAAUCUAUAAAAGUAACCGGUCCCGUUUCAAAUCUACAUCAAGAUUGUCGUCAUCAAGUAUGUACAUCAACACUCAUGUCAUUGCCUGCUUACGAUGAUCAAGAAAGAUCUGAGUCACAAUCAUAUGAUGAGCUUCAGCGUACUUCGUCAGAGUAUAUUUUCAAGGAAGCUUACGAGUUCCUUUCAAUGUACCAAACUGCAAAGGGUUUAUCGGUGGAAAGUUUUAGAGCUCGAUUAGAUGCAAUCAAGUUUGAAAUCGAAAGUACCGGAUUGUAUGCACAUACUACUGCUGAAAUUGAGUACGGGUGCCAGCUUGCAUGGCGUAACUCAGCCAGAUGCAUUAAUCGAUUAUAUUGGUCCACAUUGGAGGUUCUAGAUAAACGAAAUAUUACUAGCAAUCAUGAAAUGUUCGUUAUAAUAUGUGAUCAUUUACGUAUGGCUUAUAAUCAGGGCGUAUUAAAAGCCACAAUUCUUGUUAUGAACAGAGAAGCUCGACUCUGGUCAACGCAGUACCUGCGUUUUGCUUGCUAUCAAGAAUUAAAUGGUUCGUUGAUAGGUGAUCCAAUGAACCAAGAAUUGACCAAGGCAGCCAUGAAGCUGGGUUGGAAUAAGCCACUGAAAGAAAGAACACAAUGGGAUUUAUUACCGAUUAUUGUUCAGUGUGAUCCAAAUUUGCCACCUAGUUGGUUUGAAUUGCCUGAAGACUUACGCCCAAUUGUUUUUCUUUCGCAUCCAGACCCAACUUACGAUGCCGCAAUGAAGUCACUUGGUCUUCGUUGGAUUGCCCAACCAUUUGUCUCCGACAAAGCAGUCGAAAUCGGUGGUAUAGUUUACAAAUGUGUUCCUUUUAGUGGCUGGUUUAUGGAAACAGAAAUAGGAAGAAACUUGUGCGAUAUCCAAAGGUACAAUAUCAUUCCGAAAUUAGCCGCUCUUUUAGACCUGGAUGUAACGGCAGCAGCUAACGCACAAUUGAACGUUGAUCGAAUAUAUGUAGAAGUAAAUGCAGCCAUUCUUCAUUCAUUUCAACAAGCUAAAAUAACUAUUGUUGAUCAUCACACAGCUGCCGCUGGGUUCAUGAAAUUCAUGCGAGAAGAGGCAAAAGAUCGUGGAAAUACGCCGGCCGAUUGGGUAUGGCUAGUGCCACCCAUUAGCAGUGGAAUGAGUGUUUUAUUUCAUCAAGAAAUGUUAAACUAUGUUGUCAGACCGAGAGUGAUAGAUCAGUGCGAUCCAUGGACGUAUUAUCAACCGUUUCAAAUGUAUUGUAAUGACGUGAAAAUAUCACAUAUACGCAGAAAUACUUACUUUUUCAAAGUAUUGCGUAUUGCAUGCAUAAUUAUUGGUUUAGCAGUAAGAGCACAAAAGAAGCAAAUAUCUAUCCAUAUUCUUUAUGCAUCAACUACUGGAAUUGCAAAAUCCUAUGCAGAACAGAUAAGAAAGCGAUUAAUACCCGACGGCUAUCGCACAACGCUGGCAGAAUUAGAUGCAUAUUCAUUUCAUCGUGAAGAUAAGACUCAAGCAGUUACCAUCAUAAUAACAUCAACAUUUGGCCAAGGAAAUGCUCCAGAAGGAGGGCAGCAGCUAGAAAAAUGGCUAAAAAAGAAAAUGAAUGAAAUCGACCGAUGUAUGCAAAAUCAAGGUGUAAACUUUUCACAUUUGUCUUAUUCGCAGCUAAAAAAAUCGUUACAAUGGUGUACAUACGCUGUUUGCGCCAUUGGCUCAUCAGCAUAUCCAUCUUUUUGUGGAUUCGGAAAACUGAUUGACCGCGUACUUCAACUUUUGGGAGCUCAUCAACUUGUUCCUCUGGUUACAUGUGACGCACUCCAUUUUCAGUACAGAACUUUUGAUGAAUGGACACAAAAGAUAAUAGUAGCGCUGAAAAAAUUGGAUCUGCACAACUGUGAAACUCAGUUGCAUCAGCAAAUUCCUUUACUUCCAUCUUGCUCAUCUCCGAUCAGCUCGGCGUCAAAUAUCGAGCCACAAAAUUCUCUCGCUACAUUUGUCCGACCACACUAUAUUCCAUUGAACUUUGAUGGGAAGAUUGAUGAAAUAAGUACAACUCAACAAGUGGGACCGUUCACGAAGGAUAAUCCAUACAAUGCUGUAGUUUUGAAAAAUAUUGAAUUGAUUGGGGCUUUUAAUUCACAAUAUGAUUGUGCGGCCGAAUCUCCAGAAACUCGACAACAACUUGCUACGGUAUCUGACACCAUACAGAAUGAAUCAUUCAUUUUAUCUGAGUGCAAUGAAGCUCGAAAAGAUGAAUAUCAUUCAGUUCGUUUGAUAGUCUUCGAGACAGUUGGGUGGUCUUACUGUCCCGGUGAUCACGUGUGCAUUCUGCCUGAAAAUACUAUAGAAAAUAUUAAUGCCAUCAUUCUAGCUUGUGGGUGGCAACUAGAAAGCAAGCUUCUUAGCGACACAUGUUCACUUGCUUGUCUAUCCAACAAUAAGUAUAAAACUCUUCGUGAAAUAUUAACCUGGUUUGUCGAUUUGACAUCUGCACCACGACCAGAUAUGUUAAAUAUAAUCGCGACGUAUGCCACUAAUACAAAUGAGCAACGUCAAAUAAUGGACUUGGGAAAAGGUGAACGAUUUUACGAGAACUGGCUUAAUGAAAAGCCAACGAUAAUUGACAUGCUAAAUCAGUUUGGUUCAAUUAAGAUACCUAUUGAAGAUUUAAUUCAACUUUUACCGCCAAUUCAACCUCGCUACUAUUCAAUAUCUUCAUCUAAUUUUUAUUACCCGAAUCAGUUGCAUAUAACUGUCAGCGUUGUCACUAACAGGACACCGAAAGGUUCCGUUCGAGAAGGUCUUUGCUCUAAUUAUUUGCAGCGAACAACACCUAUGUUUUCGCAAGAUUAUCAGAAGAUCUUUUCGCCACACUCACAAAAACCAAGCAAAGUACGUCUAUUCAUAUCACCAAAUUCUUAUUUUCGUUUGCCUGGACAAGAGAGCUUAACUUCGCAUAUGAUGCCAUAUGAAAUUACUAAAGUUGACUCACUUCUGCCACUUAAUUCUCCAAUACUGAUGUUCGCAGUUGGAUCCGGUAUUGCUCCAUUUCGAUCAUUUUGGCAAGAGAUACAAACUUUACAGCGCUUGUGUAGUUAUGUGAAAGUGGAGCGUAUUCUGUUUAUUGGUGUCCGAACACCUAACGCCUUAUUAUUUGCAAAAGAAUUACAGGAUAUCAUUAAUGAAACAAAUGAUAAGAGACUUUUAACAGCUAUCAUUCCAGUGUAUUCACGAGCGCGGCCAGGUACGAAAAAGUAUAUUCAGGAAGUUAUGUCGGAAUACAAGCAUAUGGUUUACUCGAUCUUAAUACAACAAAAUGCAUAUAUCUACAUCUGCGGGUCUAUUCAAUCUUGUCUAGAUAUUGAAUCCGCCUUAGCAUCUAUAAUUCAAUUAUGCCAUCCAAAUAAACUAACACAGUUAGAAGCUAUGAAUAUUAUUAAGCAGUUGGCAGAAACAGGUCGAUUAAGAAAAGACAUGUAUGGCUGA